AUGGCGCCCCUUUCAGUGGAAGAUAUCCUAGCAAAGCAGAGAAAGGAGGCCGAGGUGGCUGCAAAGCCCAAGUUUCUCAGUAAAGCGGAGCGACAGCGUCUUGCCCUCGAAAAGCGUCAAAACGAAGUCAAAGAACAACAAGAUCGCGACGAGGCUGAACGGCGCCAACGUGAAGAAUUUGAUCGAGCUGCCGAAGCGGAAAGACAGAGACAUGAACAGGAGAGGUAUGGAGGAUACCCGGGGCACGGGGCUGGGCCAAGUGGCGGCAGGUUCGGCGUCAAUGGCCAUGGACGAGACGGCCGUGAGGGAUACGGAAGAGACAGAAGGGACGGAGGAAGAGGGUACAACGACAGAAGGGACGACCCUUCGAGCAACGGAAGGGGACCAGGGAACAAUAUCCCAUCUGGACCUCGAGGUGCGGCUCCUCCGGGCGGUCCACGGAACAUGGCGGUCUCUGGAGGUCUGCCGUACAUCGAGAAUGCACCCAGCACUCCCUCCCAUGCCUCCCCUCGUCCUGUCAAUGGUGCGGUCGCCCCUGCAGGCACUGCCUCCCCAUCCGCCCCCGGCGAUGCUGCCGGUCCCUCGGAAGCCGAGUUAUCAGCCCUUCGCGCUCGAUAUCUCGGUCAGAAGAACGGUGGAAAGAAGCCUAGAUUAAGGAAGGCCACCGACAAGAAGAUAAUAUUCGACUGGAACGAAGGGGACGACACGACAGCUUUGGAUCAGAGUACUUGGAAGCAGGAAGUGCGGGAGUUGGUCCCGGGUGGUACCAUGUUUGGUGGGAAACUGGCUGGCCUGGAUGGCAGAAAGGGUGAUAUCCGUGCAGACAACCAUGCCGACGCCCUUGAACGCAGAAGAGCCGGUAAGGGUAAUGCGGACGACCGACACUGGUCGGAGAAGCCUCUGGAUGAGAUGAAAGAGCGGGAUUGGCGGAUCUUUCGAGAAGACUUUGAGAUUUCUGCUCGUGGAGGGUCUAUCCCACAUCCUAUCAGGAGCUGGGCAGAGUCGAGUAUUCCCCGUUCAAUCCUUGAUACCAUAUCAGAGAUUGGCUACACAGAGCCGAGCCCAAUUCAAAAGCAAGCCAUUCCUAUCGGGAUGCAGAACCGGGAUCUUAUUGGUAUUGCCAAAACUGGUUCCGGUAAGACAGCCGCCUUCGUUAUCCCCAUGCUCGACUACAUUGGUCACCUCGGUCCUCUCACCGACGAAAUCCGUCACCUCGGUCCUUACGCCUUGAUCAUGGCGCCCACACGAGAGCUGGCUCAGCAAAUCGAAACUGAAGCCAAAAAAUUCUGCGCUCCCCUUGGCUAUACCUGUGUCUCUAUCGUUGGUGGACGUUCAGUGGAAGAGCAGCAAUUCGCCUUGCGUAAUGGCGCCGAAAUUAUCAUUGCUACGCCCGGUCGUCUCAAGGACAUGAUUGACAAGAGCAUGAUUGUCAUGAGCCAAUGCCGUUAUGUCGUUAUGGAUGAAGCCGACCGUAUGGUCGACCUCGGUUUUGAGGCAGACCUGAACUUCAUCUUGGAUUCUAUGCCUUCGACGUUUGUGAAGCCUGACGAUGCGGCGCUCAACGGGCACCAGCAAGGAGAGUGGCAAGGCUGGCGAGUGACCACCCUCUUCUCCGCCACCAUGCCCCCUGCCGUCGAACGUCUAUCGCGCAAGUACCUGAUUAAGCCCGCUGUGGUCACCAUCGGUACUGCUGGUGAAGCGGUGGACACUGUGGAGCAGCGCGUCGAGUUUGUCCACGGCGACGAAAAGAAGAAGGCCCGUCUUAUCGAGAUUCUGCGUACCAUUGGCUUGCCUCCGCCUAUGAUUGUCUUCGUGAAUCAAAAGAAGACGGCAGACAUGGUUGUCAAAUACGUACAACAAGCUGGUUUCUCCGGUACCACCCUCCACUCUGGAAAGUCCCAAGAGCAACGUGAAGCCGCUCUUCAAUCUUUGCGCGACGGCGCCGUCUCUGUCCUCGUCGCUACCGACCUUGCUGGACGUGGUAUCGAUGUCCCUGACGUCUCUCUGGUAAUUAACUGGCAGAUGACUGAUGUCAUUGAAAAGUAUGUCCACCGAAUUGGUCGUACUGGUCGUGCGGGCAAGACGGGUGUGGCCAUAACAUUCUUGACGAAUGAUGAUGAUGAGGUGAUGUACGAUCUGAGAGUGGAGGUGGAGAAGAGUAAGAUGAGCAAAAUGAACCCGGAGCUGGCGAGGCAUGAUGCGGCGCGGACGAAGGUGACAAGAGAGAUGAAAGUGCGUGCCUAA